UAUCAUUUGCGGAUAUAUUAAAUACCUACCAACGAAUCAUUCGAUUCAGGAAUUUUGAAUGCGAUGCAUUCUUGUUCUUAUGCUAGUUCAUUUAUAAAAUAACAACGUUUGUGUGGACCCGUUUUUCCAAACAACUGUUCAAUGUUGUUUAAAGUCAGUAUUAAGAAACACUCGUCGUUAUCAUUCGCUGUGACUGCCGUCCUUUUCUUGCAAUAUGUUGGCUCACAAUCGACUAACCCGCUCCCACCACCACAAGAGCAAAAUAAUAAAAGAAUACAUUUACCAACACCGGAUAUUGAUUGGGAAAUGAUUCGCAACCCCAAUGUGACUUAUCUGUACGUUGAUAAAACUCAAUAUUUAUGGAAGUUGGUCAUAAAUGAAAAAGCGAGAAGAAGAUUCAUAGGACGUUAUCGGCGUUUCGGCAAAUCAAUGUUUCUACAAAUGGCAGAACAAUUUUUCAGGGGCAACGAAGUUUUGUUCAAAGGACUAUUCAUAGAAAAACAUGGAAAUAAAAACCUUUUUCCAACUGAGCAACCAUCUGAUGUUGAAGGUAAAUGGAUGAAAUACCCAGUUAUUAAUUUGAAUUUUAAGACGAUGGAAGAAUUUACAACAAUUGAAGAUUUCAAAAAAGACUAUUACAAAAGAAUAGAAACGAUCGCACGAGAAUACGAAGUGCAUGAUUUUGAACCUGGCCAUGGCAGUACCAUGCAACUUAUUGAACUAUUGUAUUUCAAAUUUAAUAGAACGCCUGUAAUUGUUCUCGUGGACGAAUAUGAUUCUCCAUAUGAAUACGCUCUUUCUCAGAAUAACGCAAACCUGGCAAAACAAAUAAGAAAUUAUCUGGACAACUUAUUCGGAAUGAUGAAAAACGACGUUAGAAGAGUCGGCUUUUUAUUCAUUAUGGGCAUUUCCAAAUUAGUUAUGGGCGUUUUUCAAAGCGGUGCCAAUAAUAUAGUGGAUGAAACUUACAAUCCGGAAUAUGCCGAAGCCUUCGGUUUCACUGAAGAAGAGAUUACAGAGCACUUAGGACUCUACAUCGACGAAUUUGCAAAGAAUGUGUCGCUAACUCGCAAAAACAUCAUGGAUUCUCUCAAACACUGGUACGAUGGUUACCAGUUUGACCCAAAUAAUCGCUCUCGUCGGGUGUUUAACCCAGUAUCAACCUUCUCUAGCAUACGAAACAAAAGAUUCGAUUGCUACUGGAUUAAAACAAGUUCGAUGGAUCCCAUUCCCGAAAUGUUCUACGAAGAAGGGUGGUCUUUAGACCGCUUACUGAAAGGAACGGUUAUUUCUUCAUCUCUCAUAAUGGAUGGGUUAACUGAACGUGAAAAACCUACGUUGAUCAGGUGGAUGUUUUAUAACGGCUAUUACACCCUAGAUGGGCAGGACUUUCCCAAUAUUAAAUUGAAAAUACCUAAUACGGAAAUUGAAACAGCCAUCAAUAAAACGUUACUGUCCUACGAUCCUACGGCACAAAAACCUUACAAGGAACUGUGUUUAAGUCAACUAUUAAUGUUCAAAGUUCAUCUUGAAUCAGAAAAUAUUCAAGAAGCUAUAUCCAUUUUAAGAAAAAUUGGGUUUCCGGCAUACUCCCAUCCGCUGACUCAAAAGAUAGAGUCAUUCGAAGUCGAGCGAAGAUUGGACAUGCUGUUUGAAAUCGCCGGCAUCAAACACCAAAGCGGAUUCAUAUUUAAGAAAGCUGAUGGAGGAAAAGAUGAUGGUGGCGACAUCGAAAUUUGGACUGAAGACUUGGCUAUAAAUUAUGUGAUUGAAACUAAAACUACCCCCGGAACCAAUGGCGAAUCCAGAGCUCUACAUGGCAUAGAACAGUUAUUAAAUUACACCCGAAACUAUCGAGAUUCUUUGAUGAUAAAACUGAGUCAUCCAGAAAAGAUUUUUUUUUUGUCUUGGGCCUUUGAGCUCCGCGAAGGGUGCGCCAACUUGACGAGCUGGAUUUUUUUACCGGUAUAUAAUGGUGAACCCGAUCUCGAUAACUUUCAAGCCAGCUCAGAUGGUGUGGAAAGAAGGUUUGAGGAUUUUAAGAAAGAAUGGCUACCGAAAUAACCUUUUUUGUUCUAGAAAUUCAUUUUGAAGCCAUGCAGAUUUGUAAAUAGUAAGGUAGGUGUGAAAAAAUCGCGCUUCUGCGCAUUUAAACUUUCUUCAUAUGUGUAUCCGGGUUUCUUAAAAAUUUUGUAAGGAUGAAGGCAAUGAAAAAUUCAAGUUCUUACCCCAAAAAAAGCGCCUUGAAUGAUAUGUUUACUUUCUGGCUAAUCAAAAAAUAUGUACCAUUUUUAGUUGAAAAGGGUAUAGGAGGAUAAGGUACGGUUUUGGGCCCAGGGCGGCUAUUACCGAAAUAUUUUUGCCUCCGCAAUCUCCGCAAUCGACGUAAUGAGCGUUGCAAAUUAUUGGCGUUAUCUUGAAAAAAAAGAAAUUUUAAUUGUUGAUUGGGCUUUUAUAAACAUAAUUGCUACUCAAAUAUUAAAAUAACGCACAUUACGCUCAACACGGUUGGUUUUCAUCGACGCAAACGACGCAAUCUUGUAACGUUCAUUGCGUUCGAUUACGUCGAUUGCGGAGGCAAAAAUAUUUCGGUAAUAGCCGCCCUGAAAUGGAUUUCGACGAAAUUCACACCAAAGGUUACCCAUGAUGAGAAGAUACGCUCAAAAAAUUUUCAGACCCCCAGACCUUUUUUUCAGGGGGGGAGGGGCCAAAAUGUGUUUUUUAAACUUUAUUUUCCAGUGUUUCGCCAAAAGUAGAUAAAAAUUUCGCGUUUUUUUGUAUCAAUUCUUAAGGGUGAGGGGAAGCCCCUGAAAUUUUUUCAAAAUUUUUCGGACCAUUUUUCACCAAAUUGUGGCGUUUUGAAAAUUUUGAGCGGUCAUUUUGUAAAGAAGUUGCGGAGGUACAGUCACCAUUUUUUUUCCUAAAAUACGUUAUUUAGUCAAGAUUAUACCAUAAAAGUUUCAACGAGUUUGAGUUGGUGCAACAUUGUCAAAAAAAAUAAAAACUGACCACGCGUCAUAUUUGCCGGGGGUUGGGCAUGAUAGUCCACGGCGCUAUCGUGGGAAGUUACGUAGCGUUCGCGCGCGUUACUGUCGUUCGUGGUUGUCUCAUAGUCCAGUCAAAUAGGGGGGAAAAAUGGGUGAACCACAUACUCGUUAUUUCAAUCAAAUAUUUUUUGGUGAAUAUUGUCAGAAAUGUCAACCCCCUCCCUUCAUAUAUACCCCUCGAAAUGGCGUUUUUUCGUCUUAUUUCAUGUUUUUUAACAAUGAAAAUUGCGAGGAACAAUUUUCUAAACAUGUUUUUUGGAUGUAUUUACGACCCCUCAAUAUCAUAUAUUUUUUCGAAAUUUUUGUUUUGGCAGGUCCGUCAUGGUGAAAAUUUGAAAAAACGAGUCAUAGAGGGGGUAAAAUGAGUAUUUUGGAAGAAUUAACUAUUAAUGAGUGAGGUGUCGUUUCCGCAUGAUUCGAUACCACUAAGCACGAAUAUGACGUCAGAUUUUCUGCUGCACUCAUCAAGCCCCCCCCCAAGUGUCUUCACUCCUUCAGCCUCCUCCUCAAUUUUUAAUAUUUUUGAAAUAUAGUUAUUUUGAUGAUAUUGGUGUUUUCAUAUGUUUCAAACCUACGGAGCACAAAUUUUAUGUCAGAUUUUGUUUUGCACCUACCUGGCCUCUCCAGGGCCUCAGUCCCCUCCUCAAUUUCUACUGUUUUUUAAACGGAACUACUUUUAUAAUAUUGGUGUAGUUUUCAAGUCAACCGAACUACCCGAAUGGAAAUACAAACGUCAGAUUUCGUUUUACUCCCACCCAGCCCCUCCGGAGCUUCUACAGGGGCCGGGUAAGUGUAAAACAAAAUCUGACGCAACAUUUGCGCUUGGGAGGUUCGAACGACACCAGUAUCAUAACGUCAUUAUGAGGGGGUAAAUAUGAAGGGAGGGGGUUGAAAUUUCUUAUGGGUACACCCCUUACAAAUGUUUACAACGUACUUAAAAAUGAGAAAAAUCGGUUCACAUGGGGCUGAGAAAAUAAUUUUUAUUCCAUUCCAGAAAAAGGGUGUUUUUCAAAAAUGGGAUGAGGGGGUCUGGAGAUCUGAAACUUUCAAUGCGGAAGUUCCUCGUUAAGUACCUUUACCUACCUAGUACCUACCUACCUAACAUGCAAAUAUCAAUCCAAAAGCUCACGGAGCCCAUUUCUAAAAAUUACGUCACUUCGAGGGAUCGUAGCGCCACCCCCUUGGGGCUAGGGAGUUGGUUGAUAGAUCAUUCGAUAGGUAUUUGAGAGGACAUAAAAUAAUCACAAAGCUCAUUCUACUCGAAAGUUGAUAUUUUAGAAGUUUUUAACGAAAAUCUGAUUUUGAAGGGGUGUGAUCCACUGUGGGAGGGGUCGGGGGGAUUUUAAUAUGUUGUUCACCACACUACUCUUGACAAUAUUCACCAAAAAAUAUUUGAUUGGAAUAACGAGUAUGUGGUUCACCCAUUUUUCCCCCCUAUUUGACUGGACUAUGAGACAACCACGAACGACAGUAACGCGCGCGAACGCUACGUAACUUCCCACGAUAGCGCCGUGGACUAUCAUGCCCAACCCCCGGCAAAUAUGACGCGUGGUCGGUUUUUAUUUUUUUUGACAAUGUUGCACCAACUCAAACUCGUUGAAACUUUUAUGGUAUAAUCUUGACUAAAUAACGUAUUUUAGGAAAAAAAAUGGUGACUGUACCUCCGCAACUUCUUUACAAAAUGGCCGCUCAAAAUUUUCAAAACGCCACAAUUUGGUGAAAAAUGGUCCGAAAAAUUUUGAAAAAAUUUCAGGGGCUUCCCCUCACCCUUAAGAAUUGAUACAAAAAAACGCGAAAUUUUUAUCUACUUUUGGCGAAACACUGGAAAAUAAAGUUUAAAAAACACAUUUUGGCCCCUCCCCCCCUGAAAAAAAGGUCUGGGGGUCUGAAAAUUUUUUGAGCGUAUCUUCUCAUCAUGGGUAACCUUUGGUGUGAAUUUCGUCGAAAUCCAUUUCUGGGCCCAAAACCGUACCUUAUCCUCCUAUACCCUUUCUGUAAUUUAGUAGAAGAGAAGAGGUGAUUCUGGCCAGAAUUCAAAUUGGACAUACUGCAUUGACACACAGAUCACUUUUUACUGAAAAAUCCCUAAAAAAAUGUGACACUUGUAAUGUGAAUGUGACAAUCCAACACAUCUUAGAAUCAUGCAAAAUAUAUGAGAAAAUCAGAAACGAAACACUUGGGGUAAAUUUUAAAUGCAUACAAGUAUAUGAAGAUAAAGAAGAAAUGUGUGUAAAGUUGUUCUUGUUCCUAAUUCGUGCAGGGAUUUAUGACUUGUUAUAAUUUAUUCGUUUUGAUUUGUUGAAUUUUGAAUUUUGUUGAUCUUUGUUAAAUCAUGUUAUUAUUUUUGUUGAAUUUUCAUUAUAUAUUUAUGAAUUUUGCUAUAUUUUUGUUGAGACUAUUUUGUUGUUAUAUUUCUAUUAUUUGUUAAUUUAAUUUCUGUUGUUGGAUUGUUGACGUUGAAGGCCAAGAUACCGGACGUCAUAAAAUAAAACUUUUUGAUGAUGAUGAUGAGGGUGCUCUAUGUAUUGUUUGUUUACUUUUUAGCAUACCCGUGGGCAGAGAUUAGACAUUUUUCAAACGCAUUUUUUUAUUAGUUGGAGAUAAUGAAAGUGAAUAAUUAUGAGUGAAAACGUUAUUACUGUAUUGAAACAACUUAAUAAAACGUUGAAACAAGCCAAACGAUUAAAAUAUACUUAAUGAAUUCAGAUGAUUCUCGAUAUUCGAGCAUUCAUUGUCAGUCAUUACAGCACAAUUCUGAAACUACUGAACAGAAUUUGAUGAAAUUUGAAUAUGUUGUGCAGAAAUGAAUUCCCGACAACUUGACGUUGCCCUUUUUUUGAUUAAUUCUGUUAAAUCAAAGUUAUAGCCAUUUGAAAUUUUCAAAUGGCAAUAUCUCGAAAAAUACGAAGAAAUUUGAAAAAAGGGCAACGUCAACCUCUCUGGACCAUUUUUAUGCUCAAUAUAUUCAAAUUUCAUCAAAUUCUGUUCAGUAGUUUCAGAAUUAUGCUGUGAUGACUGACAAUGAAUGCUCGAAUAUAGAGAAUCGUCUGAAUUCAUUAUAUUUUUUAUUUUAAUCGUUUAGCUUGUUUCAAAGUUUUAUCAUGUUGUUUCAAUACAGUAAUAACGUUUUCACUCAUAAUUAUUCACUUUCAUUAUCUGCAACUAAUAAAAAAGUGCGUUUGAAAAAUGUUUAAUCUCUGCCCGCGGGUAUGCUAAAAAGUAAUCAAACAAUACAUAGAGCACCCUCUUAAAAAUACUACUAAAAAGAAAUACUUACAGGUUUACGAAUAUGAAAAGCCACUUCUGUAAUGUUCGAAGUACAUUUGACCCAAAUUUCAGCUUUAUUGGUGCCAUAUUCAAAGAUGUACAUUUGUCUAAAGAAGUAUGUACUUGAUUUUUGAAAUAUUGUUGGUAACGAUUUGCCAUUUUUGACCACACUUUAGACAACGAAACCUUAGAUCGCACCUAUUCUGGUGGAGCAUACCGGCAGCUUUGAAUAUUGCACCAAUCAUAAUGGAAUUUUUAGUUACACUUCAAACAGUGUAGUAUUGCCUUGUUUUAUUUAUAAAAUAAAAUAAAUCAAUAUUUUAUUUUCUUUUAUUAGUUAAAAAGAAAAGCACAAGUUGUAUUUUCAUUCCCCAUAUAUAAUUUGAUAACAAUUUCGUUUAUUAGAGGGGUACAAAUUCGCAGCCAAGUAUUUCUCAUUUUCUAAGCAUUUCUCAAAGACAGCAAUUGAAACCCAAAAAAUUUUUUGAGUCACACUUAUUAUUUUUUUCAAGUAGGUAUUUACGCAAAAGGGAUUUAUAGCAUUAGAUGCUAUUUCCAGUUCCUUCAGUAUCUGUAACUGGACUCAUUCUGUUGAUAAAAAAUAGAACCAUAUGCAAUCAGAAUAACAUUUUCCUCCAUGUGUAUUGGUUUGACGGAUGUAAGUAGCAUCUAUAAAAAUUGAACCGUAUGUAUGUGCUCAGAAUAAAAUCUUUCUGCUUCCAAACUACCUUAAAUUUUCUGUGUUCCCAAAAAAUGAAUGUGAUUAAAUGCAAAUUAAUGUUACUGAAUUAUACACAUGUGUUUAAUUUCAUUUUUUUUAAAAUGACUGAUAUCCACAAAAAAAUCUUUGGGAAAGAAUUCCAACCCCCGCCCACCCACUUCCGAAACAUUUAACUAUUCUAAAAAUAGAAAUAAUCUGAAAAACAAUAUCAAAAAAAAAAAAAAAAAAAAAAAAUGAAAAAAAAAUU